ACAUAAAAUCAUAGAGGAGGCACGAGUGGCUUGGUAUAAUAAUGCAUAAGGAGGUGGAGCCAACGAAGCGAGAGGCCGCGCCCUCGUAUCCGAGUUGCCGAGUGGGGGUAGUUCUCGUUCAGGAAGAGGGAGUAAGACUGCGAGACCUCGCUGCCCGCUAAAGGGUGCCGAGGGGUGCGCAGAGGACACUCGGCAGAGUGAGGGACACCGUAAGACUACGGUGGGGGCAGGCCCAGAGAGAGCGACCGACUCUAAGAGAGGGAGGACGCGCGGUCGCCGCUCGAGCUGGAGGUGGCCGUGUGCCGUGAGACAGAGAGAGAAGGAGCGACGCUCCGAGAACGAGAGAGACCGAUCGGAGGAGGACGGCGAGGAGGAGGUCGACGAGAAUUACGUUCCGCUCCUCUUGGAAGUCAUUCAACGUGAGUCUCGUACGGCGGACAGAGAGUGUGUCCGUUAACUCCGCGCGAUCGCGUCUACCUAUUCAGAACAUGAGACUCCUGGGGAAUCCGCCACCUCGGGAUCCCGACGUACAGUUUUUCCUGAUAGUCGGUAAACAGUGACCCGGGACCAGAGUGACCUGGUAGACAGGGUAGAUCAGCCGGGUGGUUCGAAAGUGGCGCAUCGAUAGGAAGGAAGGAGUGCGCGAUUAAUAAAGGCAGUCGGAGAGUACCUGAGCCAGGGGUUGGUAAGGGGAGGGAGGGGAGGGGAAGAAAGGAGAAGAGGAAGAAAGUGUCAGAGAGAGGAGAAGGAAAGGAUAGAACGGAAGGAAGAGGGAAAGGAAGGAAGGAAGGAAAGUGUAAGUCAGUCUGUGGUGGUGGGGUGCUGGCUGUACUGUCGUGUGUGCACAAGGGUGGACCUUGCCGGUACGUUCGUGGCAGUGGGGAUUCUAGGCAUAGUCUCUCGGGGGGUGUGAAGGGCACGAGUACUCGUGGUGGCUGCUAGUGUAAGUGCUGGUGCUCCUGUGGUACUUGUGCUGGUGGUGGUGGUGGACGCCGAAGUGGUGGAAGUGCCGGAGUCGAAAGUGGUGGGAUUUCUGGGGGGUGGAAGGUGGGGUUGAAAGAGAACGCGCGCAGAGGGAAUCCCCUACCGGGUCGUCGAAACGGACGGUGGAGAGGGGCGUCGCGACGUCAGCCCAGAGCUGGUCCGUCCGUCGUCCGGCCGACUCGAGCAUCGGAGCCGCGGACUCGCGAGAUAUUCAUAUAUAUAUAUAUAUAUAUAUAUAUAUUGAUAUAUAUAUAUAUAUAUACACACUACUAUACACACGCGCUCACUCGAUCAUUCCUUCCUUCCUUCCUUCCUUCCUGUUUGUCAGUUUGUCUGUCUGUCUGUCAACCCACCCACCCACUUGUCCGCUCGCCUCUCUGACAGUUUGGCAUCCUUGUUCCUUCCUUUUUGAAGCGCUCCUUCUUUUACUUUCACACCCUACGCACCCUCGACACCCUCGACCCCCCGACACCUUGUACGCGCUGCUCGUCAUUACAGUUUACGUGUAUCCGUCGUCAUCGUCUUCAUCAUCAUCAACGCUACCACCUUCGUACUAAGUGGUGUGAAGCCCCGGUACGCGCUACACGCAUGGCACGCGCAAUCCCCAGGAACGACAGUCUGACACACGCGUUAGCCAGCGCGCCAACACGCGGGUACACGCGAUCGUACGAAAGUACGUGCCGAGCACUUUCACCGAUCGAUCGAGGGAUCGAGCGAUCGACCGUGACGUCGGAGCCUCUACCAUUGCAAAUCGGACAACCCGAAGCCGUGAGCCGUGACUCGUGAGAGCCGAUAUCAGGAAGGAACCUAAGGACACGAGGCAGCCUAUACGUCGUUGAACUUUACACGAUUUUAUUUUAAAGAAAAUUACUAACUGCGGGGGUCUCCCUGUUUUAAAUCUACGUGUUCGACCAGAAGGGUGGUAACGUGCAAACUGUGUGCCGAUCGAGUAAAGGCAGUUACCGUGUUCUUUUUUACUUUUUAUUUUCUUAUUGUUACUCUACCCUGUCAAGGUACCUUGACAGGGAGUUUUCAGUCAGUGCACCCAGUGCCGCCGUCAUCAGUAUUAGUGCAUCCAGGGAAUUGCCAUUGGCGCGAACGUUGCCGGAAUUGUGUAGCGUUAGGUGGGCUCGUGUGAAGAAGAGGGUGACUUCCUGGAGGGACGCAUGGAAUUUUCGGGGAAGUGGAUUUUACGAGGGGAGGUGCGUCUCCCGGAUAGUGUUGAUAGUGUGUCGCCAACGCGCGAGCUGUGAUAUAGCCGGCUUGUGCCGGAUCAAACGAGAGGGACUCGUGAGAGGUUCACGAGGACGAGAAGGUCAAGGAGGACGAGGAGGUGGCGGAAGAGGAGGAAGAAGAAGAAGAAGAAGAGAAGAGGAAGAGGAAGGACGUACGAAUGUCUCGACGUGAGGUGUCCAGUGUCGCGAGGUGGUGCGGUUCGUAGGCGCUCCUUUUGAUCGCCGUGAUUGAAGCGUGCAUCUUCACCCGGAGGCCGAUCCACGAUCCCCCGAUCGCCGACGGCCAGGAAGCGCCACCAGCACGGAGGAUCACGUAUCGAAGAGGCGAAGGCAUGUCACGGAGGAAGCAGGCACGACCCAGCCGUGCUCAUCUCGAGGAGGAUCUUAACCAGGGACUUGGGCCCAUCGAUCCCCUAGGAACGUUAGAAGAAGAUACCCGGGAAGGAAUCGAGUCCGGGUCAGACGGAGAAGAAAGUGCUGGAGGAGGCAUCGUAGGAGGGGUAGAAGGAAGUGGCGGUGGUGGUGGUGUUGGUGGCGGUGAAGUAACAGGAGGUCCAGUCGACGAGGCCGUAGACCUUAGGCGAUCUCAUCAUGGAGAGGAGGAUGAGAGGGAUCGAGAGGAUUUGCCAAUGGACGAGGACGAAGAGGACGAGGAGGGUGUCGAAGAUCCAGGGGAUCAGGACGAGGAGGAGGAAGGAACGCGAAAGCAGGUGAUGCGACAUCGUCAGGAUGCGGAGAACAACAACAGCUUUGUCGAAGGUGGACCACCAAGUGGGAUCUUCGGUCCACCUGGAGCAAGUCACGUGACCCUUGAGGCCCUUCAGAAUACGAAAGUCGCCGUGGCGCAAUUCGCAGCCACCGCGCUAGCUGGAGGUGCCGACAGCGAGGCGGCCCUCCAGGACUUGGCGCUGCUUCAGAGUACUCUCUACACCCUCCAGCAUCAGCAGGUCUUCCAGUUGCAAUUGAUAAGUCAACUGCAGCAACAGCUCUCGAUAACGCAUGGUCAGCCGACGGUUCCGGGAACUCCAACUGGAACAGGGCUACCGGGUACGGGGGUGACUUCGACGACAACGACAAGUACGACAACAAGCACUAGUCAUCCAGGUACUCCGUUCGGCAAUGUCGGAGGUGCGGGUAGCGCUAUCGGUAGUGGUACCAGUGCUGGCAUUGGAGGUGGCAUUGCUGCACGUGUCGGUAGCGGUAUGGGAGGUGCUUCUUGUGUUGAUACUCGUGACAUAUCGUCGUCAACAGACAACAAGGAAGCUUCACCCUCGCCAACGAUUCACCCGAAGCCUCUCUCGGCCCUGACUUCGCCGCCGUCCUCCCGGCCACCGAGCCAUCAUCGACAGUCAUCGCCGGGACUACUCCAGUCACAGAGUCAAGAACGAGGCACUCCCUCAGCCAGUGGCGCUGGCAGUGGCGGCAGUACAUCGCCAUUGAGUCUACCGCUGCCGUUGUCGCUCUCGCUUCCGUCGUCGGCAGCAGCGGCAGCGGCGGNGGCCGCCGCAGCCGCAGCAAGUCAAAUGUCCCUCUCCCACCAAAUGCCGCCUCUCUGCUCGAUAAGCUCCUCACUGGCCUCGUCGAUCAUCACAAACACGGACCCGCCGCCCCUUCACGAGCCCAACACCCUGGAGAUGCUACAGAAACGAGCGCAGGAGGUGCUCGACAAUGCGAGUCAGGGCCUCCUGGCGAACAAUCUAGCCGAUGAGCUCGCGUUCAGGGGCGGCAAGGGCUCACGACUGUCACCCUACGAUUCGAAGUCCUCCGGUGGGCGCGGCGAGCCCUUCUUCAAGCACCGCUGUCGCUACUGCGGCAAGGUCUUUGGCAGUGAUUCGGCGCUCCAGAUUCACAUCCGGUCCCAUACAGGUGAGCGACCCUUUAAAUGCAACGUCUGCGGAAGCCGAUUCACCACCAAGGGAAACCUCAAGGUCCACUUCCAGAGGCACACGGCCAAGUUUCCACACGUUAAGAUGAAUCCGAAUCCCGUGCCCGAGCACCUUGACAAGUACCAUCCCCCCCUUCUCCAGCAGCUCGCGGCUUCCGGGCAAAGGCCCUUACCGUCCCCGCCACCGCCACCGCCGCCGCCGCCGCCGCCGCCGCCCCCGGCACCGCCAGCGUCGUCCUCCUCCUCCUCGUCGUCGUCGCCAUCAUCGUCGUCGCAUCAUCCGUCGUUGUGUCACCCUGGCUCCGCAGCAGCAGCAGCAGCCGCGGCCGCCGCCGCAGCGGCUCAUGGGUUCCUUCCACCUCAGCCACCGUUACCUCUUGCUCUAACCCUCCCUGUAUUGCCACCCCUUUACCGAUCACCCCUCCUUAAUCACAGGGAGGAACAAGAGGUUCCGGAGAAUCUCAGUAAGACCACUGUCCCGUCUCCUCACACAUCGCCUCCUGUUCCAACGGGACAUCAUCAUCUCCCUUUACCCAGUUCCCAUCAUCCUCACCUCCACCAUCAAUCGAACUCGCAUCAUUCCUCCUUUCACGAGCAUCAUCCGAUGAAGCAGCAGCAGCAGCUGCAUCAUCAUCACGCUCAGCAACAACAUCAUCUCCAUCAUCACGAGCAGACUACCUCGAUAGCAUCCUCGGCCGCGCAAAGAGACGAGAUUAAACUAGAACACCAGUCACCUACUCAAGACUCCUACCAACAACAAUCACGACCAACGAGUCGGGAGGAUUCCGAGAGGAUAACGCCGAAGCGAGAACCAGAGGAUACCGAGGAGCAACCCGAGGACGAAAUAGAGGAGUACGAAGAUAGUAGCCGGAGAUACCUGAACAACUCGUCACCAUCCUCGACGGCGAAUCCUCCGUCACAACCACAACCUUACGAGGACUGUAGUAUGGACAGUAGUAAGAUGAGUGCCCGACUUGAGGCCGAAAAUGAAAUGGACGGGGACGGGGAUGAAGAGAUGGAAGAACAGCCAGAGAACCUCUCAGGUCGCGGUACUUCGAGUAGACUUGGUCAUCAGAGUCUCGGCUAUCCUGGUGCCUCUCCCGCAAGCAGUAGUGCCAGCAGCAGUAGCCUCCAAACGACCUUCGCGGGAAUUUUAUUUCCCACGGGGCCACCACUACCGCCAGUGACUUCGUCCUCCGCCUCGGCGAUUCAUCAUCCUCAGCUGAUUCACCACGUCUCCUCCAGUGGUGGCGGCACUACUCCCACCGCACCUGGAUGUGAAAUGAUCGUCGAUCCUGCCCGUGAUCCUGCCAUAUACUCGAGCCUACUUCCACGACCGGGGAGCAAUGACAACUCCUGGGAGAGUCUUAUCGAAAUUACCAAAACCUCGGAGACGUCGAAGCUUCAACAGCUGGUUGACAACAUCGAGCACAAGUUGACGGAUCCUAACCAGUGCGUCAUCUGUCACAGGGUACUCUCCUGUAAGAGUGCACUCCAGAUGCACUAUCGUACUCAUACAGGCGAACGGCCAUUUAAGUGCAAAAUAUGUGGCAGAGCCUUCACCACCAAAGGCAACCUUAAGACUCACAUGGGGGUGCAUCGAGCAAAACCACCCCUCAGGGUGCUUCAUCAAUGUCCGGUAUGUCACAAAAAAUUCACAAAUGCCCUGGUACUUCAGCAGCACAUACGACUUCAUACGGGCGAACCUACGGAUCUCAGUCCGGAACAAAUUCAGGCGGCUGAAGUUAAUGAAUUUCCACCUGGUUACCCACAUCAUCCUCUGGCCUCGUUUCUCCCCCAGGGAUUCCCGGCGCUUCAUCCCGCAGGGAGUGGGUUCCCCUUGGGGUUCCCAGGUUCGCGCCAGCACAUAGCCGAAAGAACUCCUCAUGAGAAUGACCUCGACUCGAAGGACUCUCGAGAACAUCUGCAUCAUCCUCUUCUUCCCUCUCAUCAUCAUCUCUCGCACCAACAGAAUGCUCAGCAUCACUUGCAACUGCAUCAACAACACCAAAAGUACUCGGAAGAGCGGAGCUCCACCGCAGGUGAUGACGAAAUGGCUGAAGAUCAAGAAGAGGAGGAUGACAUCACUCGAGAAGAUGAUGAGAGGUGCGAUGAACGGGAGAGGCGAAGUAUGGAAGAUGCUGAAAAUGAUCCGGAGAGAGAUGAAAACGAAGAGGAGCAUCAUCAUCACCUUCAUCAUCAUCAUCAUCAACAACAGCAACAACGGCUGUCGCUACCAAGCUUUUCGACGUCUCUGGCGGCCCUCGAGAACCAGGUGCGAACGAUCACGACGACAGUGGCUGGUGGUAGCUCCAGGUCACCUGGACCCCACCGAUAUAACGGAAGUGAAAAGAGCACCAGUCCCCCGGCGAUACGAAAUGGAAGCGGCGGUGUUCCGCUUGACCUGACCCCACGCUCUUCCUCGACCCCGGUGGGUGGCUCGACGCCUACCCCGACGCCGCCGUCCCCACCGACAGCAGGAGCAUCCUUGGCAUCGCCAUCCGCCUCGUCACAGAGCACAGCGCAUCACGCGCAUGCUUUCGGAAUGUUCGCAGGCCUUCUUAGGGCGGUCUCAUCGCCACCGUCGAAUCUCGGUGGUGGCGGCGCCAGCGGCAUUGGCGGUAGCAGCAUCAGCACUCCCAGCGUAUCCGGUACAACGUUAAACAGCGUAGUCUCGAUGACCGCUGGGAAUCCAGUCCUCGGCGAAGGCGUCGGUAGCGUCGUUGGUGUCAGUGGCGUCGGCGGUGUCGGUGGCAGUAGCGGCGGCGGGGGCGGUAGCGGUGGUGGCGGUGAAGGUGCCGGUAGCAGCACUACCGCCACCACCGGAGGAGCACUUGCCUCUCUAACGACGUCAGCCGUUCUCGCUGCCACUUCUACCUACAAUCCCCUCGGCCUGGCUGUCGGAGGGCCAGCAGUCCGCGGUAACACGACAUGCAAUAUCUGUUACAAGACGUUCGCUUGUAACUCGGCCUUGGAGAUUCACUACCGGAGCCACACGAAGGAACGACCGUUCAAGUGCACCAUUUGCGACCGGGGCUUUUCCACGAAGAAUGAACGCGAACCCUGGUUGACGAAUACGUGUACCUGUGUCGAUCGGAGGAACUCCCUAUCCAAGACCGGCACCGAGUCCACUAGCACCACUAGCACGACUAGCACCACUAUCACCAACAUCCCUUCGUCCGAGUCGCAUGGCGGCAAUCGGACGAGGCCGAAACGCAGGCGGCGACGUCCUGAGGAGAGGAAGCCCCGGGGGCGGACUGGUGGCAACGAAUGGGGGCGGGGAGUGAUCUCUGGCUACGCUGCUCUCCACCUGCCCCCGAUGCUGCCUCCCGCCCUCGGACUUCUCGCCUCGGACCACGUCUUCCUGGGGAACAUGAAGCAGCACAUGCUCACACACAAGAUCCGGGACAUGCCGCCUCACCUCUUUGCCGACGCGAAACAGACGGGUCAGCAGCAGCAGCAGCAACCACAGCAGCAGGAUCAUGAGAACUCGAGGAGUCCCAUGUGUGCGGAUGAGUCGAGUCUACCACCUCCAGCGCCUCCACCACCACCAAUGCCACCGUCGUCCGUGGAAGCUGUAGUGGCAGCCGCGGCGAUGCCUGUCAAGAGAUCACCGCCCGAGGGUGAUUUACCUGCGCCCAAGAGGCCGCCCAGUAAGUCGCCGUCAUCGUCCUCACCGUCGCCGGCGCCGUCGUCGUCUUCGCCCUCGUCGUCGUCGUCGGCGUCAAAGACCCGCGGCAUGCCCAGCAAGCACUUGUGCCAGGUUUGCAAUAAGAAUUUCUCCUCAUCUUCGGCGCUCCAGAUCCAUAUGAGAACACAUACGGGCGACAAACCGUUCCGAUGCACCGUCUGCCAGAAGGCCUUCACCACCAAGGGCAACCUCAAGGUGCACAUGGGAACGCAUAUGUGGACGAACGGAGCGUCGCGACGAGGUCGCCGAAUGUCAUUGGAUCUACCGCCACUGCCCAUCACACCCAAGGACUCGGAGUUUCUUCAGCGACGACCGGAUCUCUUUUAUCCUUAUCUACCCGCGCCGUUCCUUAAUGGCGUUCAGCAAAAACUGAACGAGAUCUCGGUCAUACAAAGUAACAAUGGACUAACGUCGCCACACAGCGCAAGUGCAGCCAAGUACGCUGGUCUCUUUGGAUCAGUCUAUGGAGGCGUCGCUGGUGGCGGUGGCGGUGCUGGCGGUGGCGCCGGAGGUGGCGGUAUCGCCGCGGGAUUCCCUGUUGACAAGCAGCCGAUGGCACCGAGUAACGGCUCCCUAGGAGAAUCGAAAUCCCUAUCAGCAGGGUCCAUGCUCUUCCGCACACCGUCUCCAUCUCAUUCACCUGGCACUCCGUCGUCGAACACCGGCAAUCAGAAUUCCGCCAGUGUACCAUCCUGGGGAGGUAGCGAUCCGCUGCAACACAGAUUCGAGCGUGAAACUUCGUCCAGGACGGAGGAGAACGCGACUCCGCCAACGGCAAGACUACCACCUACACCGGCGCCAAGAGGGGAAGGUCUGGCAGCCUAGUUAUCCUUAGGACAGUUAUCCUAACGACGAUCACACAGCAACUUCAUGGUCUAAUCACACUAUGGACGAGAACUCCUGCAGGGACUGCUACAAUUAGUACAGUUGCAUCUCGUCCUGGUCAUCCUCGACCUUGCACUAGUGUCGAUCAGUGUUCUCACCGCGCUGCAUCCCACGCGACUCACAUCCUCGUGAUGAUUCGAUGCCAGCAGAAGAAGACAGCAUGUUCCUAUUAUCAGACUAGUCGUAACGCGUUAAUGAACGGUAGAGUGUCGAUCGGAUUCCGCUUGACAUCCUUCCGGUUAGGCUAGGUUACGUUAGAGGGUUCCCGCGAGGCGACAAGGGGUUAUGGCCGCAAAGGUCACUUGCGUGCGGGACCACUCCCCCCCUCCCAGAGGAUUCGCGUAUCUCGUAUCUCCUUCGGUAUCCUUUGGCAUCCUUGGGCAGGAGGCAAGACUAACCUAAGAGUGCGAGAAAGAGAUAGAGUAAGAAUGUGAGAGGGAGAGGGCUGCGUGGGGAGAAGAACUAGAUUAAUAUAGCAGCGCCUAGACUGAGCUCCUUAACGUCCUGUGCGACGAUACGAGCCGCAAGACACGUGGCGCCGCUUUCCCACGAUUUCCCACGAUCGAUGUAAGUUAUUUCCCUCAUUGUCAGUCCCGCCUCGCCGUCAGCCUCAUUAUUGUUAGUAUAGCCUCCCUUGGUUAUUCCUUCUCAGAAUCAGUUUACACGAAGCUCUUGGUCGGACUUUGCAUCAUCGUUCAACGAUAUGCAAAGGCGAAUCUACACUCAUCCAAGUACACGUGUAUUAUACCAAUAAAAAUAUUGCGUCAUUGGAGGAGAGAAAGCUUGAAUGGGAAUGUGGGUGAAAUUAUGAAUGAUGGUGUACCGUGUGUUGUGACAGGGAGAAAAUAUAUAGAAAGUGUACUAUUGGGGUGGGUCAGAGACGCCAGGGGAGACAACGAGUAAACUAGAAAAAGAGACAGAGGCCAAAAACGAAUGAUCGAAUAAAUGAGUAAUGUGUGCCGGAGAAUGAAUGUCCUGAAUGUGUUUGUGUGAAUGAUGUGAGUACGAAAUAAAAUGAUUGACAAGAAAGAAUUAAGAGAGAUUAGGGAAAAGUUAGGAGGCGGGCCCGGCAGCGUCCCUCGCUGUGAUAUGAGAGGAGCAGCCUGCAAUCACUAAACCAAUGUACUUAUAUUCUGUAUCAUAGUAUUAUUAUAAAUUAAUUAUAUUAUAUUAUAUAUAUUAUUAUUAUAUUAUAUGAUUAUGGCGCCGAUACGUGGUGGGAGUUAGGCGUUCUCCCCCACCCGUCCCCGAUGGCGUACAAUUUCAAGUUCUUUAAAAUUAGCCAGCUAUUCGGUUAGGUCAGUUCAAACUUCCAGUUCAAUUUUACUACAUAUUGAUGAAACAUUCGGAUGUAUAAUAAUGGAAGGGAAAUUUACGAGCCAUUAGAAGUUACAGUGACAACGUAGACUUGGUCAACGUUUAGCCCAGACCGAAUUGCUGGCAUUCCAAUUAUUAUUUCAGCCUCCAAUCCGAAUCAUCGACUCGCGGGAACUCGAGUUUUGCUUUGGGCAUUUUUUUUUCUAACUAUUAAACUUUCAUCAUCGAUACCUACCGUUGUCUAUCCGAGCGUGCGUGCAUGCGUAACUGCGUGAUAAAAACGGAAUUGGGAAAAGUACGCAUGAGAAUAUUUGCAAAUGUGUGUGAUCGAGAUAUAAAAAUGCUUAGUAAUUGCGUACGAAGACGAUGGAAAGUUUAACGAUGAUAUUUGACUAUUUUAAAUGGAAGUAUUUAUUUAUUUCGUCCGCUUUGAGCCUCGGUUGAAGAGAAGAAACGUUAGCUGAUGUUUCACGUAUCAACGUGGGGUGCAAGUCGCUCUGCCCAUAUGAUUUUUCACAUAUUUUCAAAUGAAUAUUUUUAUACGAACGAAUUAGGAAUCAGCUUCAGUAGCAGCAACAGUAACAACAGAUCUCCCUCGAGUUAGUUCCUAAGUACCCGUUGAAGAUGCGAUAACAAGAAAAACAAAACAUACAAAAGAAACGAAAACAAAUCUGCAAACAAUCAAUUUACAAGAAAAAGGAUCGAACGUGAGUGUGAUGUCAGUGAGCCAACAGCCAAAUAUUCAAUCAGUCACGGUCUCUUUCGGUCAGUCGGGGCUCGAAGGGGUAUGAAGGAUGAAGGCGAAGAACGACAAGAAAAAUGAAUAAAGUGGAACGUCACGCCAGGUACGGCACGUAUGCAUAUCGAGAAUUUUGUAUUCGCAAAAUCAAGAAUAUAUUUCUACGUUGAUGAUCUAUGAUCCUGGUGGCCCAAUAGUUACGUGAUCCGCCUAAUUAAUGUCCAGGAAGGAGAACAGUUGUCAUUUCCGAACACUUAAAAGGAAAACCGUACCCGAAGGAAUUGCGACAUCAAAAUAAUCUUACGAUUAGAGACUAUCCUCUAUCUAGAUAAGGCGUAGUGAACGAUGGAGUAUGGAUGAAAUACAUGGCUUGUGUACGCAUACAUAAUGUAUAUGUAUGACUUGGUGAGAAUGAAAAAAA